CUUCUCCGCAAGUUUUUAACCAUUCUUCAAAGGCACCGUUGAUACUUUGCUCAUGAAGUUUGAUGGCAAGAAAGGAUUUCGUACACACCUCCAGCGAGCCCGGUACCAAAUUACAACUCGUCACCACUACAUGUCCCAGUGCCUCAAGCCAUCAGGAUGGAGGAGGACACCAUCAGACUGCCAGCACACCUCCGUUUGCAGCCCRUUUACUGGAGCAGGGAGGAUGUGGCACAGUGGCUCCGGUGGGCAGAGAAGGAGUUUUCCUUGAGGCCCAUUGAGAGCAACACCUUUGAGAUGAACGGCAAGGCUCUGCUGCUCCUGACCAAAGAGGACUUUCGAUACAGGUCCCCUCAUUCAGGUGAUGUUUUGUAUGAACUCCUGCAGCACAUCCUGAAGCAAAGGAAAGCUCGGAUGCUCUUCACACCUUUCUUCCACCCUGGGAACUCCAUCCAUGCUCAGCCAGAGGUCUUAUUGCACCAGAAUCAUGAUGAAGAUAGCUUUGUGCAGAGGCCUUCGAGACCGUCGGCAGAGGCAGUCCACCACAACCCCCCAACCAUUGAACUGUUGCAUCGCUCGCGGUCGCCCAUCACCAACAACCACCGUCCGUCACCAGACCCCGAGCAGCGGCCCCUCAAGUCCCCCAUGGACAGCGCCCUGCGGCGCCUGUCCCCCGCUGACAGGCUGCCGAGGCACCAGCACGACAACAGCCAGCAGGAGCCCUACCCUCUGUCCGUGUCCCCGAUCGAGAACAACCACUGCCCGCCGCCCGCCGAGGUGCUCCAGAAGCCCUGCAGCCCUCGCCAGGAGAACACCAGGGUCAUCCAGCUGAUGCCCAGCCCCAUCAUGCAUCCUUUGAUACUGAACCCCAGGCACUCCGACUUCAAACCGCCCAGGUUGUCUGAGGAUGGGCUGCACAGGGAGGUCAAGCCCAUCAAUCUGUCGCACCGAGAGGAGUUGGCGUACAUGAACCACAUCAUGGUGUCCGUGUCCCCUCCCGAGGAGCAUGCCAUGCCCAUCGGGAGGAUAGCAGACUGUAGGUUGCUUUGGGAUUAUGUUUAUCAGCUGCUUUCUGACAGCCGGUACGAAAAUUUCAUCCGAUGGGAAGAUAAGGAAUCCAAAAUAUUUCGGAUAGUGGAUCCCAACGGGCUGGCCCGUCUGUGGGGAAACCACAAGAACAGAACAAAUAUGACUUAUGAGAAAAUGUCCAGAGCCCUACGCCACUACUACAAACUAAAUAUUAUCCGGAAGGAGCCAGGACAAAGGCUUUUGUUCAGGUUCAUGAAGACCCCAGACGAGAUCAUGAGUGGCCGGACAGACCGCCUCGAGCACCUUGAAUCCCAGGAACUGGAUGAACAAAUAUACCAAGAAGACGAGUGCUGAAGGAAACAGGUGCACCACCUYUGUGGGUCCCGGGGACAAACAUCUGCCCGAUGGUCGGCACAGUUUGGGAGGGGAAGCAACAACACAGGAGCAGUACUUGAGGUCGCCGCUUAGCUUGAAGACCACGCAGGACCUGAAGCACCUUAACAAAACAAACUAACAGGCAGAAGUGGUGCUGGCAGGAAAGCAAAGGGGAGAAAGCCUGGACUUAUGCACUACUUCACUGUUCCUACAAAGUCUCCCUUGAGUUCUUUAUUUCUUUUUGGUUUGUUUCAGUUUUGGGGUUUUUUUGUCCUUUUUUUUCCCUAAUAAACAUGCAGUUUGACUUUCCUUAUCUCACAUAGGACAAGACRUCAGAUUAUGCUUCUUCUUUUUUGKUUUUUUUUUUCUUGGAAGGCUUUCCUAUGGAAAUAGAGUGCUCUUAUUUUCUGUGCAAGUCUCAUGACACAACACAGCAUAAACAAUAGCAACACAGAAGGGAUUUGCUCAAGGCUUCCAGUUUGCUUGGAUYGAUUUAAACGUGCUGCCACUGGGAAAUGUGUUGGAGCUACCAAAAGAAUUUCCCACACAUACCUGUCAAAUGAAGAGGAUACACCCUUCACAUGUAGGCUGGGCUGUCAUCCCAGYAUAGCUUGGGCUCACAAUGAGUACUCCCGAGUGGCUGUUAACUGCUGGAAUAUGGACCAAAACCAAUCACCUAAGUGCUCCAGAAAGGAGAAAAAUAAAUGUGACAAACCUCUGCAAGAGACUAUCAGUUGAUAUUUUCCCUCCUUCUAGCAAGGAAGUGAUAAAAUGGAGCAGGGGGAAGGGAGGGUGGGGGCAAAUGCAUAUAUAUAUAUGUAUAUAUAUGUGCAUAUAUACAUAUAUAAGUUUCAUAUAUAUAUGUGUAUAUAUAUAUAUAUGUAAAUCCCCCAGUACAUUCACAAUGCAGAAUUUCAGCUCAAAGUUUUCUAUAAAAAGGGAAGACUGAAGCAUCUGUAAUUACAGGAGGGAGGGGUGUUUCUCAUACCUGCUAGCAGUUUUGGGGUGAAAGGUGAAGGACUGUUCCUUACAUCAUAGGGAGAAAGCAAAGGGACUCAUCACAUGGUUUAAAUUACUCAGAAGCCUCUCCAGGAUCAUUUUGUGCUGCUGGAGAGGCAGGUGAUUCACCACUCUAAAAGCUGAUGUUAGAGAACUAGAGACCAAAUAGCUAUACUUAUAUCUUGUAAUUGAUUUUGGCUUUGUUUUGGGAUUUGGGUUUUUUUUAAUGCCUCCCACUGCCUUCCCCCAUCCUACAGCUCCUACAUCAAGGAAGCUUGUCCCAGCUUGCUUGUUUUUAACAUGAUUUAAAAGACAAGAGAAAAACAAACCCUACAGCCAUGUGGCUUUCUUGGUUUGGGGUUUUGUUCUGGUUGCGAGGUGCCCCCACGUUUGGUUUGCUGCACUGAGGGUGCUUGGCACGAGGCAAGGAACUGUGCCUAGUUUGGUCACAGAAAGCUCAKCAAUCCUUCAUGCCCAAACAAGAGAAACUGCUGGCCUGUUUCAUUUCACAGCUUGGACCACCAGGACAGGAAUGCCAAGUGUCCAGUGAUCCAUCAGCAGUGGAUGGAAGAUGAUCUAGCAGCAGAAAUGAUGCUUGCAGAGGCAGAAGGUGUUUAGGGAAACUGCAGGAAUCACAUGGUGCCUGAAAGAAAGCACGUCCACAGCAGUGCAUUAAAAGCUGAGAGCCUCUUUAAUGGAAACAUAAAAGAACUAGAUCUGGAAAAAAAUCAAAAGGCUAAUCUAAUCCAUUUCAACCAAAAAACAAGGUACAUUCCCAUGAUAGAGCUUUUAUCAGCUAUUAAACCAACACGACAUUUGAUCUUUCCACAUAUUUAACAAGAGGGUUAAUCUAUCCAGGAAAAAGUGGCACUCGGCAGUGAACAGUGUCCCCUGUGUUUAAACAGAGAUAGGCCAAUCACACCAAAGAUUUAAUAUUGAGCCACAGGUCGCAGAAGGAACAGCUUUGUUAAGGGUGCAGAUAAGCAUCGUGCAACAAGGAGAGAUUUUUCAGAGYCAGUAUCUGAUGAGGAAUGACAGGGUGUGCAUUUCUCCCUGAGCUUUUCCCAGCCAUGUUUCUCUCUGUAAAAUCACAGUAAGUUACAAGUCCCAGCACACCACAUACUUGAUUUUUCCUGUCUCAAAAUAAUGGCCAGGGGAGUGUGUUUCAGCAGUGUGGCCUGUCUCUGUCAUGACUCUGAAGUCCUUGGAGCUCAUGAGGUGUGAGAUAGGAAGACACUGUGGGCCUUCAGUAGUCARACCUGAAACCUAAGGUCCCUUGAGACAAAGGGCUCAAGGAGUUGCUCUGGCACCUUGCUCAAGGUGGGAGCCAGGUCUUGGGAGCUGGAGUGCUGAAUUUGACAGACAGGGUGUGAUCAGAAGUACCAAUGUAAAGACAGGCUCURGCUGGAUCCUUGGUGCCCAGUGGUAACAAGAAACCAAUUUUUUGCAGAGGGUGAUUCAUCAUCUUUACUGCUGUGGUCCAGACAACCGCACAAUUGCAUUAUUUUCUCUCGCCUGCUGUUACAAGAUGGCGAGGGACAAAAAGAAAAGGCAAUAGGGACUUUCUGUAUGAAAUGCUCUGGUGAGUCAUUGGCAUGGCCAAGGUGCACACUGCAAAACAGAGAACCAGAGACAAUCCACCCAUUCCCUCACCAUUAUCUACCAAACAAAGUCCGUCCUCAGCACUGGGGAAGACMGGAAAAUCACAUGUGUUGCCCCAUAGGGAAAUUUUAUAGCGGAAAUGUUCACCUUUACCAAAAAAUGCAAUCACUUCCACUUGCAGAAUAUAGUUUAGUGGCUGUUGGAAACUUCCCAGUUCACACAUAAAGGACAUCUUAAGACAACUUCAUCACAACCAYAUAGAAUACAUUCUCUCAAGGCUGRUGCUAGUUGGAAGGAAAAURGCCUUUGACCUCAGAACAGGCCAGUCCCACCAUGGCCCUUCCUGUCCCCUACCAGGUCUGGUAACAAAGGGAGUGAUGUGGGUGAGAUGUGGAGCUGCCAGAACUGCAGGGGCUUGGGACCUGUUGUGGGAGCUGCAGGAUUUGAACUACUCUUGGRGUCGUCAAGUGAGUUAUCAGCUAUGAGUUAAAAUAAAAAAGCAGAGCAGGCUAGAGCAGCUGCAGUUGAGAGAUUCCCCUCAGCUUCACAUGCAUGUGGCAGAUCCCUGGGAGUGCAAAGCCAGCAUUAACAUCCUGAGCUGUAGGAAUGUGUCACUGCUUGCCAGGGCURGCAGAGGUAACCCUGUCUUUCACCAACACUGACACCUGCCUUCCCCCAGCUCCUCAUUUCCCAGUGUAGAAUUUGCCAGCAGCAAAACAGCCAAACUUUCUGCCUUUGCCACCAAAGCAAGUGGCGAAGGGGAGAAAGUGUUWCAUCCUUGGAGACACACAGAAGUCACCUGGACACAGUCCUGGGCAGCUGGGCCUGGCUGGUCCUGCCUGAGCAGAGAGGGUUUGACCAGAUGACCUGCAGAGGUUCUUGCCAACCUCAGCACCCAGCUAAGGUUCCUCAGGCAGUGCAGUUCAAGUGGGAUCUUCAUUGUCAUCAGCUUGCUGCAAGCCUCAACAAGCCACAGGUCAGUCAGGCAGGACGUGCUGCAGGUCCACAGCAGARUAUUUUCUUGAUUUAAGUUUGAAACCCGUUGACUGCCUCUCUGUGCAGAGAACACUACUGGGGCCCUUUCUGUGAACACUAAGUCGCUGCCACCCUCCCCAGAUUUCAAACUCCACUUAUGCAUUCUCCAGAUCUCUUUUGUCAGACUGCAAUUGUGUGCAAAUCCAGAGUUGGAGGUCUUUUUUUUUUUUUUUU